AUGUGGGCCGGCUCAGACACCCGCUGACACAGGCUGUUUCAGAGCCGCUCAGCCUCUGGAGGGAUCUGCACAGUAGCCGUCCAGCGCCUCGAGCAAGCCGUCGGGCAGCUGCGGUAGGAUGGGGGAGGGAGGCGAAUGGAUGGGGGACACGCACAAAGGCGCCGAAGCCGGCGCCACCCCCGUCACGGCCACGGUGGGCUUCGGCGGCAUCGACCGCACCGGCCCGCGCUGGCUGGCGCUGCGGUCGCUAGCAGCCAGCCUGCAGGGCUUCGUGGCAGCGACUGGGGCCGGCCAGGUAUAUUCAGCCAGUGUGCUGCAGCGGCUUCACGCCGUACAGGUCCUGGACAGCCAGGGGCCUGUGGGUUGAAUAUGCGGCAGUCAGGAUUUCCCGACACGCCACACUUUCACCACAUGCUACAACAUGCUCCGCAACGCACGCGCGAAAGCCUGUGCGUGUGCGGAAGCACCUGAGGUGUUGCACGAUGUUGCUCGCUUCGGGCAGCACGCCCAAUACGGAGGAUGACAUCUGGGGUGAUAUGUGCUUGAAGAUAGAUAAUAGUACUGUUUACGGGUGUUGGGAGUCGGCGAGCGACAGCGAGCAUGCCGAUGGUGCCGCGCCGGUUGAGAAGUUGUUAGGAGUUCUGGAUUUACAGUUGCGCGCCGCUUGAUAAAAGCUUCAAGCAGCACAGGCCUGACAAAGAAUUCGGAUAAAAACGUUGGUGUGCUACUGCACGGCUGCGAGGUUUCAAUCUGUCGAAAUAAGACGCAGUUUCGGUCAUUUGCUCGGGCACGUCCCAUAGCAUUUCGCAGCUCGUGUCGAAUGGUGUGGUUUGGUUGCUUUCCUUGUGAAGUUAGUGUUGAUUUUGGCCUGUUGAACAGGGUGAACAUUUGUAGUUGCGUAGCAGCGUCUCUACCUGCCGACCUGUGGCCUGGAGAUGGCUGAAGUAGCUGGAGUUUGGUACGGGAAGAGGCCACGACGCGCGAGCCUUCAAAUGGGCGCACGCGGCGUUGUUUCUUCACUCCACCAACAAGUACACAAACAAGUACAAGCGUGCGAGUCAAUCAACAAACAAUUAAAGCUCUCCAAGUUUCCUGUAACAAGCAAUCAAG